CAGCCAGGGACACAAUCACGGACACAGCCACGGACACAACCACGGACACAGCCACGGACACAGCCACGGACAUGGCCACGGCUAUCCUAUGAACCACAGGUAUCCAGGCGCUCACGGCCCCGGGGACAUGUGCCCUCCAUUCCCACCUCAGGGCCAGCCUCACCCUUGCAUGCACCCCCCAAACAGUGCCGGCUCGGCGGGCAACUCAGGCGGAGGUGUUGGUGGUGGUGGAGGUAGUGGUGGUGGUGGAGGAGGUGGAGGUGGUGGAGGAGGAGGUGGUGGUGGUGGUGUUGGAGGAUACCACCGGCAGCACUCGGACCCCUGCCUGCCCUACCUGCAGCAGAACUUCAAGCAGGAGUACCUGGACCCCCUGUAUGAGCGGGCGGCGGCACACAUGGCCGGACCCCAGCACCCUCCCCAAAGGUUCCCCCCGGCCCACAUGAUGGUCAAGCAGGAGCCCACCGACUACACUUAUGACCCAGAUGUGCCUGGAUGUACUUCAAUGUACCAACACAAUGAGGGCUACCCAAACCAACAGCAUAACAAUGAAGGUUAUCUGUUCGAAAAUGACUCCCGAGUCGUUCCUGAGAAGUUUGAAGGUGAGGUCAAGCAGGAAGCGGGCACCGUCUUCCGUGAGGGCGCCCCCUACCAGCGCCGCGGUUCCCUGCAGCUCUGGCAGUUCCUGGUGGCCCUGCUGGACGACCCAGGCAAUGCCCACUUCAUCGCCUGGACUGGCCGCGGCAUGGAGUUUAAACUCAUUGAGCCAGAGGAGGUGGCAAGACUUUGGGGGAUGCAGAAAAACCGUCCAGCCAUGAACUACGACAAACUGAGUCGCUCACUGCGCUACUACUAUGAGAAGGGAAUCAUGCAAAAGGUGGCGGGAGAGCGUUACGUUUACAAGUUUGUGUGCGAGCCGGAGGCGCUCAUCUCCCUGGCGUUCCCCGACAAUCAGCGGCCCAGCCUGAAGGCCGAGUUCGAGCGCUACGUCAACGAGGAGGACACCGUGCCACUCUCCCACCUGGACGAGGGGGUGAACUACCCACCCGAACAAGCCGCCAGCGCCAUGGGGGCCCAGCCCUACUCCAAAGGCUACAUGUACUAAUGCCACCGAAUUGCCCUCCUCCCCCACAUCCCGCCCCGACCCCCAACCCACCUCUCCACCCCCCAUACCACCCCCCCUCCCCAGUCCUGCAUCUAUUGCACAUGCCCCCCCCAUCCUCUUGUAUAUAAGGCUAUGGUGUUUUUUUUUUUGUUUGUUUUAAAUUAAUCUCAUUAGGGAUUCAGCAUUCCUCUCACUUCUGAGGCCUAUCCACAAGUCUGUGCUUACAGAGAUUGCUUAAU